AUGUACAUAGGAGAAAUCUAUUCAAAUGCAGCAGCAAAUGAUACAGAAAACAAUCGAGAAUUGGAGUUUGUUGCAAACAAUGUGAGAUCAGCGCUUCUAGGAACAAAUGGGUUGUCUGAGGCUAUAUAUAUUCCAAGAGAUACCAACAGUGAUACUCAAACCAAGUACCGGUUGAAUACUAAACUAAAACAAAUCAUAAUCAAGUUCAAAAACUUACUUCCAAUUAAAAAGUUAUUACAAAUCAAGAAACGAUUGGUAUCACGAAAAAUUGAAACUCUACAACAUGUUCACCAAGAUCUUGCCAACACAAAAGACACAUUUCCAGUCCCAUCACGUCAUGUUUGCACUACAUUAGCAAUCCCAUUAUUCAGUAGAAACUGUAUCCGUCCCAAAUCAACCACAUGUGCUAGGAAAAUUGUUAUAGCGAAUUCACAGAACUCUCUAUUUUCAAAUCAUUCAUCUUUCAAAUCGCUUUUUGACAGAACAUCAAAUAUCUCAACCAACGCAACUACACCGAACUCGAACGUCAUAAUAAACUGA